UUGUUUAAGACGCUGUUAUGGCAAAGCCAAUCGCCAGAUGUUUGUGUUCCCAAAUCAGAUUUAGAGACUAAGCAGAACGCCGGUUACUACGCGGAGGCUGGUUUGUAUAUCCAAGCCACUUUUAGCCAAAGUAUACAAACGAUCUGCGCCCCAUCUCCUUCGCUCACUGUACGCACAGGAUUACGCCCGUUUGGUCGUCUAUUUUGAGGAGCUGCAACGUUUUUGUUUUCUGUCAUUCUUUAACAGGCAGAAGGAAAUGGCAAAGGAGAGAGGACCGCGUCUGGGAGAGCGCAGAGGAAACCAGAGCUGAAUGGCAGGAUGCAAGCGACCUGAAGACGCACAGAAACCCACAUUUCUAGCCCUCAAUCCCGUUUUCUUCUUCUUUUGGUUUCCUUUCUACCAAACUAGAGACCCGCGAGAGGAAUUAUCCCUAUUCUACCACUUAAGGAUUUCCUUAAUAUCUUUUUAUCUGUUCCCCCUCACAUUUUUAUUUUCCACAUCCAGAACUCUAGGAAUCGAGGAUGCAUUGUGGAUUAGUGUUUAUCGUCUUUACGGGAAACUUUCUCAUUGCCAAUGCAUUAAAAAAUGACAAAUGUGGGGGUAAUAUCAGAAUCUUAAACGCAAAUUACCUCACCUCACCCGGUUAUCCGGUGUCUUACUACCCGUCUCAGAAAUGCAUAUGGGUGAUUACGGCUCCUGGACCGAACCAGAGGAUUUUGAUCAACUUCAACCCGCACUUUGACCUGGAGGACCGGGAGUGCAAAUAUGACUAUGUGGAAGUGAGGGAUGGGGUGGAUGAGAGUGGGCAGCUUGUGGGGAAAUACUGUGGGAAGAUCGCCCCCUCUCCUGUGGUCUCCUCCGGGAACCAACUCUUCAUCAAGUUUGUGUCCGACUACGAGACACACGGUGCUGGCUUCUCCAUCCGCUACGAGAUCUUCAAAACAGGUCCAGAAUGUUCCAGGAAUUUCACCUCCAGCAGUGGAGUCAUCAAGUCACCCGGCUUUCCGGAGAAGUACCCCAACAACCUGGACUGCACCUUCAUGAUCUUCGCACCUAAGAUGAUGGAGAUUGUUUUAGAGUUUGAGAGCUUUGAGUUGGAGCCGGACACGCAGCCACCCACCGGAGUGUUCUGCCGCUAUGACCGCCUGGAGAUUUGGGAUGGGUUCCCUGGAGUCGGUCCAUAUAUUGGCAGAUACUGUGGGCAGAAUACUCCGGGACGGAUCAUAUCCUACACUGGAAUCUUGGCCUUGACAAUCAACACAGAUAGUGCUAUUGCUAAAGAAGGAUUCUCAGCUAAUUUUACUGUACUGGAAAGGACAGUCCCUGAUGACUUUGACUGCACUGAGCCCUUGGGUAUGGAGACUGGUGAAAUUCAUUCGGGCCAAAUUGUGGCUUCAUCUCAGUACAACAUCAACUGGUCUCCGGAACGUUCUAGACUCAACAACCCUGAGAAUGGCUGGACCCCUGCUGAGGACUCAAACAAAGAAUGGAUUCAGGUUGAUCUUGGGUUCCUGCGCUUUGUCUCAGGAAUCGGCUCACAGGGUGCGAUCUCUCAAGAGACCAAGAAGAAGUACUAUGUAAAGUCCUACAAGGUGGAUGUGAGCUCAAAUGGGGAAGACUGGAUAACUAUUAAGGACGGCUCGAAACAGAAGAUUUUCCAAGGGAACACCAACCCUACAGACGUGGCAAAAGCCAUGCUCCCCAAGCCUACAUUGACGCGAUACCUCCGGGUCCGACCCUAUUCUUGGGAGACCGGCAUUGCUCUACGCUUUGAGGUUUAUGGAUGCAAAAUAUCAGAAUACCCAUGUUCAGGAAUGUUGGGAAUGGUCUCAGGCCUCAUCACAGAUACCCAGAUCACAGUUUCCUCCCACACUGAGCGUACCUGGGUAUCAGAAAAUGCCCGUUUGCUGACCAGCCGCUCAGGAUGGAUAUUGUUGCCGCAGCCACAACCCUACGAGGAUGAAUGGUUGCAGGUUGAUCUGGGUGAGGAGAAGCUGGUUAGAGGCUUGAUCAUCCAGGGAGGCAAACAUCAUGAUAAUAAGGUCUUCAUGAAAAAGUUUCGGCUGGGAUACAACAGCAAUGGAGUCGAGUGGAAAAUGGUGAUGGACGCCACCGGUAGAAAGCCCAAGAUUUUUGAGGGGAAUUUGAAUUAUGACACGCCAGUAUUGAGGAAGGUGGAGCCUGUAUUAACUCGCUUUGUAAGGGUGUACCCAGACAGAGCAACUCCUGCUGGAAUGGGACUUAGACUGGAACUCCUUGGCUGUGAAAUGGAAGUGCCCACUGUGCCUCCAUCCACGCCCUCUCCCUCCACCAUCCCAUCAGAUGAGUGUGAUGAUGACCAGGCCAGCUGCCACAGUGGAACAGGUGAUGACUACGACCAGACAGGUGGGACCACUGUGCCAGAGACGACCACAGAGCUAAGCACCGUUCCAGCAUUCCUGUGGUUCGCCUGUGAUUUCGGCUGGACAAAUGAUCCUUCAUUCUGUGACUGGAUUUCAGAGGACAGCGGUUUCAGAUGGCAGAUCCAGUCUAGUGGCACCCCUACUCUAAACACCGGCCCAAAUAUGGAUCAUACAGGUGGAUCAGGCAACUUCAUCUACACGCUGGCAACAGGUGCACAGGAGACAGAGGUGGCUCGGUUAGUAAGUCCAUCAGUGUCAGGGCAGGACUCAGACCUCUGCCUCUCCUUCUGGUACCAUAUGUUUGGCUCCCGCAUUGGCACACUGCACAUCAAACAGCGGAGAGAAAGUGGUCAGGACACAGCUGAUGUACUACUCUGGACGGUCAGUGGUCACCAAGGCAACAGAUGGAGGGAGGGGCGUGUGCUGAUACCACACUCCAAUAAACCCUACCAGGUGGUAAUUGAAAGUGUAGUGGAGAGGAAAAGCUGGGGAGACAUCGCUGUCGACGACAUCAAAAUCUUAGACAAUCUAAACAUGGCUGACUGCAUAGACCCAGAUGUCCCUGCAGAGCCAAUUCUACCUGAGGACAACUUUAAUGAAAUCAUUGUGGACAUCACAGACUUUCCUGAGGUUGUGGAGAACAAUGAAAUCAGCAGAGCGGGGAACAUGUUGAAGACAUUGGACCCCAUCCUCAUAACCAUAAUCGCUAUGAGUGCCCUGGGAGUCUUCCUCGGCGCCAUAUGCGGCGUGGUUCUCUACUGCGCCUGCUCACAUAGCGGCAUGUCCGAUAGAAACUUAUCCGCCCUGGAGAACUAUAACUUUGAGCUGGUGGAUGGCGUCAAGUUAAAGAAGGACAAGCUCAACUCACAGAACUCCUAUUCAGAAGCGUGAAGUGCCAACUAAUGAGAGGGAAUCUCUCCUCAGGGAGGGCGGGCUACAAUGGACUGCCGAUGCCAUCCGAUUAGAGGAGGACAAGGCUCUGUGGUUCAGUGAACCAAUGGGAGGAGGUCUGGGACUGAGCCAUGCUUUUCUCAGGAGCUGCAGUGAAUUGAACCUACCACUAGGGGACACUGUGUACAAUAACGUUGAAUACAAGGAUUUAAAAGAAAAAUAAAAUACACAAAAAUGACAUAAGAAAUAUGUACAGAUGAUUGAAAUUAUUAUUUGAAUUUUUUUCUUUUAUUGCUUUGUAUCAUUUUUAGUUGAUCGUUUUUACAAUCGGAUGCUGGUGUUGAGACCAAUAUAUAAUAAUGUUAUAAAGUAUUUAUCUUAUUUUCUAGGGGGAAAAAACUCAAUUAUUUUUAUUUUAAAGGAUUUUUUUUUGCGCUUUAAGGAGAUGUGUAAAAAAAAAAGAACCAUAUAUGGCUAAGGGAAGGUAAUUACCCCAUGGUAAAGCGAGGAUAAAACAGGGUGGAACAUCAUCCAGUGCUGUUGCAUUCUGGCUAUGGUUCAGUCAGUGCCUUUGGUACAUCUUUUUUGGCCUCCUCUUUUGACUUUUGAUGUUUUCAACCCUUUCGUUCUCAAAAUAGGCUGUUGAUCAAAUCUGCAAAAUAAAAACCAGUAAAUUUUUAGUGUUUUAAUGUUAAAAUCCAACAUAUUGUACAUAAGUUUUAAUAUAUUUUAAUGCCCUUUUCAAAGAAAUGAGUAAAAGGUCAAAAAAGAAAAGCUGCAGUAUCCCUUUUUUCUUGGGUUGUAUGUUGUAAAUACAAUCGUCUGACUGUUUUGUGAAAGUGGAAAAUGUGUGCUUUAUUUCAGUCCUGUUUGGUUAUUUUGCUACGCUCCCAAAAGAUGCAGCUGAAAACAGGUGUUAAUACAAAUCCAGUGCACAUUCACAUCCCAUUUCAAAAUGGGAACAGUAUCUUUUACUCAAACAGAACUCAUUUCAUAGUACUCUGCAAUGGCUCAGUGGCAUUUUUUGUAUACAAAAUCUGAAUUUUGUGUUUUACUAACCAGGAAUCCAUAUAUAAGGCUGAAUAUCAGUUUAGCAUCAAAUCAUCUCAUGCACAAAGAUAUAAUAAUCAUAUUUCAAAAUGUCUGUCCAUUCAACAUACCAAAAAAGAAGAAAAUGCAUGAUCAUCACCCCCAAAUAUUUCAUCUGCCAUUUCAAUGUGCUUAUUUUUCCAUCUUUCGAGCUUGAAUGCUUGGCGUCAGCCGGAAAAUUUGAAUAAAAUUCUUGUAUCAGGGGGAAGUGUCAUUUUAAGAGUGGUGCUAGUUAAGUCAGAUGUGCUAAAAUGUUUUAUCACAUCAUGCAUUGCCUAUUCACAAGCUUUGGACAUCCAAUUAUGGUUUCUGGUUGAGUGAUGUCAUAGUGUAGUUCUGUCAUUGGCCUUGUGUCUGUACCAAAGGACUUUUGCCUCAAACUGCAGGGUCCAAUCACAACCUAUUGUCAUUAUCAGGCAUGGCAAGCCCAGUCUUGGCUUUCAGAAAGAGGUCUGAUUAAUGAAAGCCAGAUUAAACAAUACAUUUAAUGCUUAUAAUACUGGUUUUAUAACUUAUUAUCAAUAGUUUUGGUUCAGAAGUUAGAGGACUGGUUGAGGAAUCAGUACUUUGAAUAAUGUACAGGAAUCAAUGGCUUACACAUUUAACCAACAACAGGGCUUCAUUUCUGACAAUACUAAUGUUUUUCUACAGGUUUCUUGGUAUGUUCAUGUGCUGUGUUGUAUACUGUUGCAAACACUUUUUGUUUCUUUCCGGUAGUUUCAGAAUACAGAAAUCCAUGUGUCGAUGCUACAUGUGUUAUCUGAAGCUCUAAAGGUGAUCGGCUUCAGUCGGGUCCUGUGAGAAAGCAUACUGUAGCAUUAACUCAAAAGAAACAAUGUUGCACUGAUCAAUAUAUUUGCUUAAGUUUAUGUGUUUAUAGCAUUAAUUUGUAAAAAAAAAAAAAAAAAAAAAGAAAAUUUAAAUAAAAAGACAGUGUUGAUUUUUGAAUAUAGUUUCAGAAUAUGUAAUACAAUUCUGAAAUGGUCAAUUAUCAAAAUGUUUUCAUUAUCGAAAAAGGUAUACAGAUUUCCUAUAGUAAAGUUCCCAUUUAACUGACCGAUUAUCUUUUCGUUUUUGUACUGUCAUUCAAAUUUUGUGCCAAUUUUUAUUUUUUUUGUUAAUUUUUUUUUUAACGAGAAGAUGAGGAAGAAAAAACUUUUAUUUUCAAUACUGCCUCUGUAAUUUGCUGUUGUAGGAAGGAACUAAUUUAAUAAUAAUAAUAAAAAAAGCAAGGCCUUAAAAAUGGAUAUCAAUGUUUUGUAUUUUAACAUUCUGCAUCACAAGAGAAAAACAAUCUUCUGCAUUGACUCUGUCUCUGGUCAAAUCAGAUCAACUGACAUUCCAAAGAUUCAGCUCCAAUAAAUGUUAUCUGAAACUAA